GCUGAUGCAACUUAACCCGCCGAAACCAACCCACCUCCACCUCCCUCUGCUCUGUUCUUCUACCACCUCCAUACCAUUCCAUGCCCCGUCGGCAAAGCCCACGACAUAACACCAACAUCACCGCUGCUCCUCUCUGUCCCUCGCUCAUUCUGUCCGUCACUAGACGCAGCUACGAAGCCGGCCAUCCCCGCCGGGCGACAAAUCAACCGCAACCGCAUCGGGUGUACCGUCUUUCCCCUUCUCGGCCUCCCCUAUCCUAAGCUCCCGUACCGGCGACACGUCCCGGGGCCCCGCGACCGUCGCCACCGAGAGCAUCACCACCAUGGCGCCUCAUGCUUCUGCCGACGAGGACGUUCCUCAGAAUGAGGGAGGGAAGCUCAAGAUGUUUAUUUCCAUCCUGCGGAGAUUCGUCGGCGUCGCAGAUCUCGCAGCUGUUCGCUUCUCCUUACCAUCUCAACUCCUCGAACCGACCCCCAACCUCGAAUACUGGAACUACCUCGACAAUCCCAGCGCGUUUGCUUCGAUAGGUACGUCGGAUGAGCCUUUGGAUCGUAUGCUCGAAGUCCUACGUUUUUGGUUUACCAAAGACCUUAAAUAUGUCAAGGGUCGGCCGUGUAAGCCGUACAAUUCGUGCCUGGGAGAAUUCUUUCGUUGCAACUGGGAAGCCGAGGACAAUGCACCGCGGAUCAACACGAGAUCCCUGAUAGCGGCUGGCAGCGGGAAUGCCAGUAGUUCAUCCUCGAUCAAAUCAGCCCAGAACGGUGUAGAUCCGCGGACGGCCUCGACCGUGUCCGUCGUUCAAACGGCAGCAAAUCCGGCCGGGCCGACUGUCCGGAUAUCUUACUUGACGGAGCAGACAUCCCAUCAUCCGCCUGUGAGCGCCUUCUACAUCAGCUGUCCCGAGAAAGGUUUGCACGCGAGGGGUUUCGAUCAGAUCAGCGCCAAAUUUACCGGCACCACGAUCAAGGUGUCACCGGGAGAGCACAACUUAGGCAUCUUCAUCACCCUCGAGCGAAGAAACCACGAAACUUAUCAGCUUAAGCACCCGGCCGCUCACCUCGGCGGGAUUCUCCGUGGUGCUCUGAGUGUCAGUGUGGGCGACAUGGCCUACAUCACCUGCCCCGAGACAAAAUUGAAGGCUAUCCUGCACUACAUCGAGGAUGGCUGGCUCGGUCGCGCGCAGAAUAAGAUGGAAGGCGUCAUUUUCAAAUAUGACCCGGAAAACGACGACAAGCAGCGCAUCAAAGACGUACCCGACGCGGACGUCGUGGUGAGACUCGGCGGUGCAUGGAAAGAUAGGAUCGUCUUCACCUUAGGCUCCAAACCAGUGGAGUCGCAUCCCCCAGAGCAGCAAACCACCAUCAUAGAUCUUGCCCCGCUCACCGUGGCCCCGAAGACAUUGCCUCCCAGAGAGGCGCAGGCCGAGAACGAAUCUCUGGUGCUGUGGGACGGUGUGACUCAGGCCAUAAUGUCCAAACAAUUCUCGAAAGCGACCAGUGUCAAGGUGGAACUCGAAGAAAGACAGCGAGAAAAGGCUCGAGAGCGGGAGCGCAAAAACGAAGUCUUCCAGCCCAUGUUCUUCAACCAGGCUACCGAUAAGGGGGGCAAGCCAGACCUCACAGAGAAAGGCCGCCAAGUGCUAGAAAGGGCGCAAAAGGGAGACUGGAGCCUGGAAGGCAUCCUUUAGAACGUGAACACGAAUGUGAUUGACACCACGGGCUCGGACUAGAGCUGGCGCAUCAGGGGCACUCGGCGCCCCGUUUACAUAUAUAAUCGUUGGCUGCGGCGCUGCAUGGUUGGUUUUAAAUGGCUCGCUCGCUCGCAUAAACACGCACACGACACACAUACCGCAACGCCACAUGGACGAGGCACAGCAACAUGGUUCGAAACCAUAUGCAGGGUUGUGUACAUCGUCGGCAUGUUAUCUACACAAGCGUAGGUAGAACAGAUUUGAGUCCAGGGGCGUUUGGGGGAGGGGAAGCAAGGCAUGUAGAGGAAGAUAGAAGACUAGAUGGCCUUCUCUAUCCAAUUGCGGACGUAUUUAGCAACACCACUAUACUACUAAUCUGUUAGAUUUCUUCUCGCUACUAUACGAAUCCGUCUCUCUGGAGGAUCGUCCGGUUCUCUGCCUAAAUAUGUCGCUAACCAGUCAUCCCAAGUCUUCGCGUCAAGGCGACGUACGCGUUUCAAUUAAUGUGAUGGGCAGGAUUGAUACGUAGGGAUGUGGACGUUGGCUCACGAGCUCACGCAUCGCCUUGUCCUCGGAAAGCUUUGCUUCAAGCACCAACCCGAUUCCCGCCCUCCGAUAGCAAGAAAAAAAGGAUGGUAGCGACUCACUCGAAAGCGCAAUUGUACGUCCCAAAUAAGACUUCGGACCUCCUACCCUUCGCGUCGUCGAGGGAAAGCGAAAGGUGGUAACUAGAGCGGGAU